AUGCAUCCAACAAUAACAAGAUUAGCAACUCAAAAUGUUAAAAAUAAUAUUAAAAAUUUAAAAGGUAUACCACAAUAUCAAUUAUAUUUAAAAAGAAUUCCUGAUUUAGCAGUAUGGAGUACAUUAUUAUUUUCAUUUUUUGUUUGGCCAAGUACUUAUGUUUGGUUACAUCGUAUUGUUCAUAAUGUACCACAAGGUAAAAAUGUUGGUAAUAGAGGUUUAUUUUAUUGA